GGGCUUAUUUUGUAGGCGUGAAUCGUGAUGAGCCGGAGACCGUGGAUCUAAAUCCACCUCCUUUUCCUUCUUUCUUUGAAAAAAGGAAUAAAAAGAAUCAAAUUGGCAGACGCAAUUGGACUGAAAAACCUAACUGUCAUCGUGGAACUUUUCGACAGUUGAUUUAUGGUUCUUCUUCCCCCUUUCCCCUUUCCCAUUUCCCAUUUCUCAUUUCCCAUUCUUUUGGACCAUUUUGUUCUUCCCCCAAUUUUUCUGCUGAGAUUCUAAAACCGUAAUCAAGCGCGAUUUGAUUUUCAACAACCCUAACAACGAGAAACUUGUUUGUAAUUGGAAGAAAAUAAUUGUCUUGGGGUUCUGUUAGGGUUUUGUUUUCUAUUUCUGUCGUGGGUUCUUGAAAUUUUACAUUUAGCAAAAGAUUUGAUCGAGUUAAUGGAGACCGCUCGUUCGGAAACAGGAUCUUUCGCCCAAACCGAAAUUAAUUGGGACAAGCUUGAUAAAACUAAGUUUUACGUGGUAGGAGCAGGAAUAUUUACAGGACUUACAGUUGCACUCUACCCAAUAUCUGUGGUAAAAACAAGAAUGCAGGUAGCUACAAAAGAGUCUGUUGAAAAGAGUGCUUAUGAUGUUAUUCGAGGUUUACUGAAAACAGAAGGCAUCCCAGGUUUAUACAGAGGUUUUGGCACAGUUAUCACAGGGGCAAUUCCGGCAAGAAUUAUAUUUCUGACAGCAUUGGAGACCACAAAAGUUGCUGCUUUCAAAAUGGUUGACCCGUUUAAGCUUUCGGAUCCUACAAAAGCUGCUAUUGCUAAUGGACUUGCUGGAAUGACAGCUUCCCUUUGCUCUCAGGGUGUCUUUGUUCCUAUUGAUGUGAUAAGUCAAAGAUUGAUGGUUCAAGGGUAUUCAGGGCAUGCGAGCUACAAUGGAGGGGCAGAUGUUGCCCGUAAAAUCUUAAAACAAGAUGGAAUCCGCGGGCUAUACAGAGGAUUCGGUCUGUCUGUCAUGACUUAUUCACCUUCUAGUGCCGUUUGGUGGGCCAGCUAUGGCUCUAGUCAACGUCUUAUAUGGAAUUUAUUAGGUCAUGGAAAUGAUAGCAAUGGAUCUCUUCCAAGCCAAGGGACAGUUGUUAUGGUUCAAGGUGCGGGUGGAAUAUUCGCGGGGGCCGCAGCGUCAUGUGUCACAACUCCACUUGAUACUAUAAAGACUCGACUUCAGGUAAUGGGACAAGAAAAGCGACCCUCUGCCCGCCAAGUCAUCAAAACAUUGAUUGCGGAUGACGGUUGGAAAGGUUUCUAUAGAGGGAUUGGUCCGAGGUUUUUUAGCAUGUCCGCAUGGGGAACUUCCAUGAUACUCGCAUAUGAAUAUUUGAAGCGGAUAUGUGCUCAAGAUUUGUAGUUAGUGCGUCGUUGACUACGCGUUUCAAUCCAUGGGGUUUGUUGGAUAUACUUUUGUGGUUCUUACUUGUUGAGGAUGCAUGCAUGUAUACAUAUACUCUCUCUCUCUCUCUCUCUCUCUCUCUCUCUUUGGUUUACAUGAAGAGUAAGAAUUAGAUCACUUCACAUAAAAAAGCAAAUGUAUGGAUUCAUACAUCAUUCUUGAUUCUUUUAACCAUUUUUGACAUACUAGAAUUGAUUCGAUGAUUCAAGGUUGUAUUUUGUAAUCUCUUUUUUAUCACAUAAAUGAUAAGUAGAUGUUUUUUUUUUUCAUGUUUUAUAUAGCUAAAUGUAUGGUGUUUUUGGAAUGUUUAGUUGGUAUUUUUAAAAGCUAGGCUAAUAAUAAGUGUGAAAUUACAUCUUUAACCCUUGUUUCUAAACUCUCUUUCAUUUUGGUUGUUACUAUUUUUCAAGUGUUACAUUUUUACAUUUGGUUAAAAGGUCAACCGUUUUUAAUUCAUGUUACUUGCUCAAAGUUCCUAUUACACAUAUCCAUAUUAACACACCAAGCAAAUUUAAAAAAUCAAAAAGAUAGAGAUUUGGAAGAAAUUUGCAAACUAAUUGUAAAAAUCUUUAAAAGUUAACAUGAAGCUCCCAUAGUAGGGAAGUUACAAAUUGGAACUAAAUAAAAUUGUGUAUUCAAGGUUUGUCUUCCAUGCCUAUAAUUUAAUUAUUUACAAAAAGUAAAAUCCUUUUAGUAUAAAGCAUAUAACGCACAAUAAAAAGAUAUAAAGUAGGAUAAAUAAAUUUAAAUAAUAAGACUGAGAUAUAUGAAACGAAGAAUAAUUCAAAACAACUAAUAAGGUGCUAGAAAAAAUUUAUUCCAGAAAAUUAUUUUACAAGUAUUGAAAGCAUAUCUUGCUCUACAAAGAUGAUAAAGUCAUGAAAAAUCUUUACUAUAUUAUUAAACAUAUUUCCUCUAUUACAACAUGAUCAUACCUUGUAACUCAUGGUAUCUUUACCCUAUCUUAAUCCUAACCUUAUCGACACAACAUUAGACGCCGUCAAACCCACAUCUCUUCUAUCUCUCUCCUUACUCACUUCAGUUUCCAAUGGACCUUCGAUACCACCACCCUCCUUCCGCCGUAGCUGCAACCUAUAGAAGGUCAUCGAACAUCCCUUCCUCCAUUAAUUGUCAUGUACUCACUCAAAUGCUGAUCCUUAUUCAACCUUACAUAUGUGAAAAACCUAGACCACAAAACAUAGCCAUUGUCAAUUGUCAAAUCUGCCUUCUCUAGCCGUUGUCAGUUGCAUCUGUUUUCAUGUGCAAGUUAACAAGAUUAUAUUUUGUAAUCGUUGCAGACUUGCAGGUUUACCAACGUCCAUCACACAAGCAGCUUACCACCACAAAUUUGCCGCCCUCAUCACCCAUAACAUUUGGGAGAUGAUUCAUCUACUCCAAUUCUAAAGUUGAACACGAUGAUCAAAGAAUCGGGUGAUAAUGAGAACAUGUCUCCACACCCUGAAACUCUCCUUUUGUUGCCAAAUGAUUUCCUCUGUUUCCCCUCAUAUUCAAGUGUAAGCCCUAACUCCAUUGAAAAUAAAAAUUCUUAUUAUUUGUUUUGUUAAUUUUUUCAGGGAGCAAAUUGAGAAUUAGAUUUAGUAUCUUAAUUUCUUUCUGGGACAGAAAAGGAACCGGGGUGAGAUUAGCCCUGUUAUAUGUUGGAUUUUAUCACUCACAUGCCUUUUUUUUCAAGUUGUUUCAGGCAAAUAAAUAGAGAUAAGAGUAAAUUACACGAAUGGUCCCUAUGGUUUGGAGUAAUUUGCACGUUUGGUCCCUAACUAAUUUUUUUAACUCGGAAGGUCCCUAUUGUUUGUUUUUGUUACGCGCUUGGUCUCUACUAUUUAUUUUUGUUACACGUUUGAUCCCUAUCUUACGUAAAAAGACUAUUAUUUAAGUAGGAAAAAAUGGUGAGGUAGGUAAGGUAAGGUGAGGACGGUGGGAUUGGGGGUGUGUUUAUUUAAAUAAAUCAAAAAAUCAAGGGAAAAAUAGUAUUUUUAGGUAAGACAGGGACCAAGCGUGUAACAAAAACAAACAAUAGGGAUCUUCCGAGUUAAAAAAAUAAGUUAGGGACCAAACGCUCAAAUUACCCUAAACCAUAGGGACUAUUCGUGUAAUUUACUCUAGAGAUAAUCAUGUAAGCUUUUAUUUGUUUGUUGAAUGACAAAAUUAUAAAGGGGUCAAGACUAUAAAGUGUUUGCUGACCAUUUUCUCAGGUUUGUUUGGAUUUUGUCGAUUACUGUUUUCAUAUUCUUGUUUGAUAAGUUCCUGAACCUUUUAUUACAUGCUGAUGCAAUUUAUGUGUUGCUUUUAUUGGAUUGUGAGAGCCUCAUACAUAUUUAAAUGGGAAUACUACAAUAUGAAUCAUGCAAUAUCUUUGUCCAUUUAUGUUGUGUUUUGUCUUGAUAGUUUGCCUCCUUUCAUGUAACCUUUGUUCUUAUGUUCAAAUGCCUUAUAUUGGUUCAACUUAUGGUUGGUCUUCUAUUUUCUGCUUUAUAUAUUUUUUUCUAAAAAUAUUAUAUAUUUUCGUUAGUUUUAACAAAAUUUGGUUAUCUCUCAUGAAUUUUAAUAAUUGUCCAUAUUUCUCAUGACUAUUAAAUGUUGCACAAUUUGAAGCUUAGAAAAAUUUGUUAUAGCAUUCUACAAAAUUUUCUAAGCUAAGUGAUUGGCAAUGUAGGUAAACGGAGAAUCUGAAACGAUGGACGAUCUUAAACUUCGUUAUCUUGAGGAUUACCAUCUUUAGGGAAAAAACUCAAUAACCAUUUGAAUUGGCAGUUAUGUUGAUGAAAUGUUGCAUGUAUGCAUUAAAUUGAAAUUUGAUUUGGACCUAAUACCUAACUGCGAUUAAAACAAUCUUCACCAAAAAAGUUUAUUGCAACUAGAGACCAACACCAAGGAGUAUUUGAGUUUUUCCUGUUUUGUUUUUCUUUGAUAUCCAAACCUAAUAAAAAGUUAUUUUUAUUC